AUGGCACCAUCUAUACCGCCUGCACCAGGCAGCGGUACACCGUCAGUGCCCGCCGAAGCAGCCCAUAUGACAACCACCACCAUCAAAGUUGAUGGAAUGACAUGCGGCGCUUGUACAUCGGCGGUAGAAUCGGCAUUUCAGGGGGUUGACGGAGCCGGGGAGGUCUCGGUCAGUUUGAUGAUGGGAAGGGCGGUGGUACAACACGAUCCAGAAGUUCUAUCUGCCGAGAAGGCUGCGGAGAUAAUCGAAGAUCGCGGUUUCGAUGCUGAGGUUUUGAGUACGAAUAUACCCAGAAAAGAAAAUGGCAAGCCAACAAAGGAAUCUAUACCAUCACAGUGCACGACAACCCUUUCUGUUCAAGGAAUGACCUGUGGUGCUUGUACGUCCGCUGUCGAGGGAGGGUUCACUGAUGUCCCAGGAGUCGAAUCGGCGACAGUAUCUCUACUCUCAGAAAGGGCUGUUGUUGUGCAUGACCCCUCGAUUAUCACGGUGGAACAGAUCGCAGAGAUUAUUGAGGAUCGAGGUUUUGAUGCAAGCGUCAUAGAAUCUAAAACCUCCGAUCCGGACUCCGCUAGAGCCAUGCUAUCUGUGAAAUCGUCUGCGCAAAUGAAGUCUACAGUGUCUAUUGAAGGAAUGACAUGUGGUGCCUGUACCUCUGCCGUAGAGAAUGCUGUAGCAGGGCUGCCUGGUCUAAUCCGUUUCAACAUAAGCCUGCUAGCAGAGCGUGCGGUCAUAGUACAUGACCCAUCCAUUCUCCCAGCAUUGAAAAUAUCGGAGGCUAUCGAGGAUGCAGGAUUUGACGCGCGAAUUCUGUUCUCUGAGUCAGACACCUCCAUCAAUUCAACGUCUUCUACGCCUCUCAACUUUAACGUAUACGGGCUUACCGACGCCGCUUCGGCAGCAGCCUUGGAGGAUAUUCUCCUCAACACGCCAGGCAUUUUGUCUGCUAGCGUUCGGCUCUCAAGUUCACAAGCUUCGGUGUCCUUCAAUCCCUCGCAAGUAGGGAUCCGGGCUGUAGCCAAAGUGUUUGAGGACGCCGGCUACAAUGCUCUACUUACAGAAUCCGAUGAUAACAACGCCCAACUUGAGUCCCUCGCAAAGACAAGGGAGAUACAUGAAUGGAGAAGGGCCUUUCUCCUUUCAUUGUCAUUCGCCAUACCAGUCAUGUUAAUAAGCAUGAUAUUCCCCAUGUAUCUACACUUCCUUGACUUUGGUAGUGUGGAACUAAUUCCCGGAUUAUUCCUUGGAGAUGUCGCCUGUAUGUUCCUUACGAUACCCGUCCAAUUCGGCAUUGGUCUGCGAUUCUAUCGGGCAGCUUUUAAGUCGCUAAGGCACCGUUCGCCGACCAUGGAUGUUCUGAUCAUGCUUAGCACCUCACUCGCCUUUUCUUUCAGUAUCUUAGCAAUGCUCGUUUCUGUGCUUCUAUCACCACAUAGCAAGCCUAGCACUGUUUUUGAAACCAGCACGAUGCUUAUUACAUUUAUCACUCUGGGACGAUGGCUGGAAAACAGAGCUAAGGGGCACACCUCACGCGCCCUCUCACGGCUCAUGUCUCUUACCCCUUCGAUGGCAACAAUCUAUGAUGACCCUGUUGCUGCGGAGAAGGCGGCAGAGAGUUGGAAGAAAUCAUGUAAUUCCAUGUCGGCGGAUAAGCCCGAUAUAACUUCAGCAGCCAUUCACUCCGGCCAAAAGAUAAUACCUACCGAGCUCAUACAGGUUGGCGAUAUCGUAUGCAUCCGUCCAGGUGAUAAGAUAGCCGCUGAUGGCGUCGUCAUUCGUGGUGAGAUGUAUGUCGAUGAGAGCAUGGUGACAGGUGAAGCCAUUCCUAUUAUCAAAACUACAGGUCACCAUGUAAUCGCCGGCACAGUCAACGGUACCGGAUGGGCAGAUUUUCAGGUAACAAGAGCUGGUCGAGAUACCCAAUUGAGCCAAAUUGUCAAGCUGGUUCAAGAGGCACAGACGAAUCGUGCUCCCAUACAGAGAAUGGCAGAUACCGUUGCCGGGUACUUUGUCCCCACAAUUAUUACCCUGGGCUUCGUGACGUUUAUCGGAUGGAUGAUACUGAGCCACCUCCUCCCUCACCCACCCAAAAUCUUCCUGGUCGAAGGUAGUGGGGGAACAUUGAUGGUAUGUUUAAAGAUCUGUAUAUCCGUCAUUGUCUUUGCAUGCCCCUGUGCGCUCGGUCUCAGUACUCCAACUGCGGUCAUGGUUGGAACUGGCGUUGGAGCUGAACAUGGUAUCCUAGUCAAGGGUGGCGCAGCGCUGGAAGCGGCCACAAAAAUCAAACACGUUAUAUUUGAUAAGACUGGAACCGUAACUAUGGGGAAGACAAGUGUUGCAGAGGCCAAAAUGGAACCUACAUGGUCUACAAACGAAUGGCGACGCCAGUUAUGGUGGCUUAUUGUAGGAUUGACCGAAAUGACGAGUGAACACCCUAUUGGCAAAACCAUAGUUUCAAAAGCCAAGUCUGAAUCAGGAGUUUCAGACGAUGGCCCCCUUAAUGGUGCUGUGGUUGAUUUUGAAGCUAUAGUUGGUAAGGGUGUCUCUGCCACCGUUGAGCCUACCUCUGGCCCUGAACGCCAACGAUAUACAAGCCACAUUGGAAACGCCGUUUUUAUGCGCUCUAAGGGAAUCAAAAUUCCAGACUCCUCCGAUUCAGAUGUUAAAAAACAAAAAUCAAAAUCAGAGGCACUGAAGACAGCAACAGUAAUCCAUGUUGCCAUCAAUGGCCAGUACUCUGGAACGCUCUGGAUACAGGAUUCUAUCAAGCCUUCUGCGAAAGCCGCUAUUGCAGCUCUUCACCGCAUGGGCCUUACGACCUCCCUUGUAACAGGAGACACUUACAAUACUGCACUCGCUGUUGCCAAUGAAGUUGGUAUCCCAUCGGGCUCAAUCCAUGCUUCCAUCAGCCCUCUAGAGAAACAGGCUAUUAUAAGCAAACUUCAAACCCCUGAAUACCCUAUUGCUAUGGUUGGAGACGGCAUCAACGACUCGCCUGCUCUGGCCACUGCCUCAGUCGGGAUCGCUCUCUCGUCCGGUACAGAAGUUGCCAUGGAGGCAGCCGACAUUGUGCUUAUGCGGCCAGAGGAUCUACUUUCAGUACCCGCAAGUCUCUGUCUGUCAAUAUCCAUCUUCAACCGUAUCAAGCUCAACCUCCUUUGGGCUUGCGUGUAUAAUGCUAUCGGUAUACCAUUCGCAAUGGGGCUUUUCUUGCCCUUCGGUGGUGUGUCUCUCCAUCCCAUGGCUGCCGGUGCGGCUAUGGCAGCUUCGAGUGUCAGCGUGGUUGUUAGCAGCUUGCUUCUAAAGUUCUGGAGACGACCUAGCUGGCUUAAGAUUGAACGCUUGGAGAGAGAAGUUGAUGAAGGUUUGAUAGAUUCCACUGGCCAGGCGUACGGGAAAGUUGGGAAGUGGUGGAAGAAAUCUCCUUUCGCAUCUCCGGUAUCCCCUGCUGAGAAUAAUUUGGCCGGUGCCUUCCAAUAUAUAUCGCGAGCUUUUGGAAGAGGAAGGACACCCACCGAAGAAGAAGGCUAUGUACCUCUCCAAACGGUGGACAACGGGUUAUGA